AUGGCAAAGGUGCCACGUAACUUCCGCCUCCUCGAGGAGCUCGAGAAGGGCGAAAAGGGGAUCGGCGAUGGAAGCUGCUCCUACGGUCUAGAUGACGGCAGCGACCUCAUGAUGUCCAAUUGGAACGCAACCAUCAUCGGACCAGGCCACUCGGUCUAUCAGAACCGCAUCUACUCGCUCAGCAUCCACUGCGGCGCAAGCUAUCCAGACCAGCCCCCCGAGGUCAAAUUCCUCACCAAGAUCAACCUUCCCUGCGUCAAAUCCGACGGCCGCAUCGACUACAAUGCUUUGCCCAUUUUUUCCAACUGGUCGCGUGAGAGCACACUCGAAACCAUCCUCCUCUCUUUGCGAAGAGAAAUGGCCUCGCCCGCUAAUCGCAAGCUCCCGCAACCCGCAGAAGGCGCAGCGUACUAG